AUGUCUGCGGAGGUGGUUCGAAGGGUCUUCUUGAAUAGCAACAACCCGUCCGAUUCUUCUAACACCGUACAUUCUGAUACCUCAUCGACGUCUAGACCGAUUGUUGCUAAUGACGCAGAGGUUACCCUACUUCGUGAGCAAUUAAACACUGCACAGAGGCAGAGGGCGGAAGCGGCUGCCGAAACCAACAGAUUAAAUGACGUCCUUGCAACAACCAGAAGGGAAUCAAUGUCAAAGUCGAACGAAAUCAACAGUUUGAAACAGCAACUGCGAGAUAAUGCUUAUGCUUUAGAACAAUCCCUGAACAGUCACACUUCCUACAGAGCAUCUGCACAAGGAAUCUUUGAGAGUUUUCAAAACGAAAAUAACAGACUGAAAAACGAAAUAAUGGAAUUAAAAGCCGAGCUUCGUGUCGCAAACUCCCAUAUCCAGGCUAGUCGGGGAAGGGAUCCAGCAGCGUCUACCGCUGCACAAUCUACCCUUGGUUCUUCGUCAUCCAGUAUACCUGAUGAGCCUCCUUCGGCUCGUGUCCAAUCUCAGCAAACUGCCAGAAUACCGAGUGCCCUCAAUGGACGCGUCAUUAGAACCGGCAACAUAUCCAACACUAAUACCUCCUUGUUAGCGCCAGCUGUUUCCCCAGUUUCUACAGUGCCCCAUCCCGCUCCUGCACAAGCACAAGCUCCAAGGCCACGCGCGCUGAAGCGUGGGGCAGAUAUAUUGUGCAGAGGCUACAGACGUCCACAACAGACAGCCGUACCAGAAUUGGCAAAGGAAGCAAUCAGUACGCAGCAAAGUAUACCUGCACGGAAUGCCAUUUUAGAUGCUCCGAAAGCAGGCGGUGACAAAUCAGUGGAUAAUCAAGAUUUUGAUCAAAGAAAAGCCUACAUUGCCUGA